AUGGCUGCACUGGGUUGUCUUCUGGAGAGCGUUAGAAGGGACAUAAAGAAGGUGGACAGAGAACUGAAGCAACUGCGAUGCAUCGACGAACUGAACUCACGGUGCCUGUGUGACCUGUACAUGCACCCGUACUGCUGUUGUGAAAUUCACCCCUACCCCUACUGCCUCUGCUACUCAAAGAGACCGCGAUCGUGCAGCCUGUGUGACAUCUACCCGUAUUGCCUGUGUGACUACAAGGUUUACUGUCUUCGACCAUCUCUCAGAAGUUUGGAGAAGAAAGCCAUUAAAGCCAUAGAGGAUGAAAAGAGAGAGCUUGCCAAAUUGCGAAGGACCACGAAUCGAAUCCUGGCCUCCUCAUGCUGCAGCAGCAACAUUCUCGGGUCGGUGAACGUGUGUGGCUUCGAGCCCGAUCAGGUGAAAGUGCGCGUGAAGGACGGAAAGGUGAGCGUGACGGCGGAACGCGAGAACAGGUACGACUGUCUCGGGUCGAAAAAGUACAGCUACAUGAACAUCUGCAAAGAGUUCAGCCUGCCUCCCUGUGUGGAUGAGAAGGACGUCACCUACUCCUACGGGCUCGACAACUGCGUCAAGAUCGAGUCUCCCCCCUCCCCAGGCGCCUCUCCCUGCAACCCCUGUAACACCUGUAACACCUGCAGCCCCUGCGGCCCCAGCAGCCCCUGCAGCCCCAGCAGCCCCUGCAGCCCCUGCUACCCGUGUGGGAGCCGAUACUCCUGUAGGAAGACGGCUGUGUAA